AUGAAAGCCAUUAGCAUAGCUCGGACACGGGCUUCGGAUUCUUCAUCAUCGUCAUCACCAUUUCAUGACGAACGCUUCAAGCAGAUCUAUACAAUGUUUAAUUGUUUCAGUACAGAUUUUGACGGGUCAAUGAUCUCUGGAGCUUUGCAUGUGGCUGUCAAUGAAAUCAAUGCCAACCCAGAUCUUUUACCUAAUCAUCGUCUUAACUACAUUUUCGACAACACAUGUGGUAAAGAGCGGCAAAGUGAGUUUAAAGCACUCCUAAACCUGUUUUCUUUUGUGAUUUUCGCUUUGAAUUUCACUCUUUGA